AUGGCUCCCUUCCUCAACAGCGUCAGCACUUCGGUGCGGAGGACCUGGGCGUCGUCCGGCUCUACCAAAGUGGGAAUCACCCCGCGAAAACGCGGGGGUCUCCGGGCGAACUGCAUGCUUUGCGUGGACGCAACAACGAUGGGCCCAGGUCGCAUAGCCAGCAGGCGAGAGAGCUUCUGGGGUGGUCCGGCCACUGGAGCACUGGAAGGUCAAACAUACAAGAAAACUGGGAAACUGGUGCCACUUAGCAAGCAGCAGCUGGUAGACUGCACUACAAAAAACAGGGCCUGCAACGGUGGCUCGAGGAACUUGGCCUUUGAAUAUGUGAAAGAAAAUAAAGGAAUAAACACAGAGGAAUCCUACCCCUAUGAAGCCAAGAAUGGAUCUUGCAGAUAUAAUCCAAACACUGUUGGAGCCACCUGCGAUGGCUAUAGGGACAUAAACAGUGUAGAUGAGUAUGCUUUGAAGGAAGCUGUGGCCACCAUGGGACCCAUUUCUGUCGGCAUAGAUGCAAGCAACAAAUCCUUCAAACUCUAUGCAUCAGGCAUAUAUGAUGAACCUUAUUGUAGCAGCUCUAAACUGAAUCAUGGUGUCCUGGUUGUUGGUUAUGGCACUGAUGAUGGAAAGGAUUACUGGCUGGUUAAGAACAGCUGGGGUCUCAAUUGGGGAGAUAAAGGCUAUAUCAAGAUGUACAGGAAUAAGGACAACCAGUGUGGUAUUGCUACACAAGCCAGCUAUCCACUGGUUUACAAUAAAACUCAGCGUGUUCAAUGUGAAGCUUGCUCUGUCAUCUUUAUGCUGGGACGUUUAUUGUUGGGUUUCUUUUACUGAGUGAUUGGAAAGCAUUGUGGAAAUAUAAUAAUUGACACGAAUUGUAAAAUAGUAAAAAUAUCAAAUUGGCUGUCUCGGUUGUUGUCUUGGCGGUUAAUUAAUUUUUGAUCCCGCUAGGCUAAAAUAUUGAGCAUUACAUUUACAUUUCUUGCAUUUAGCAGAAAAAAAAAACCAUUUUAAUGGUCUAUUUAAAGCUGGUUGUAAUGAAACAUGAAGUUCCUUGGCAUACUAC